UGUGAGGAUUUUUUGACAUUUUUAUUUGUUAUUGGUGCUAUAAUACUCAGGAAUUAAACUUUGCCUUAAAAUGGGAGAAUGGGGAUAAUGGCUGCUUUUCCAUACAGCAUUCCACGGACAGAGUCAGAAAUGAUUGUAACACAGUCCAACAUAUUAGUUGAUAGAUGGAAACCAUUGUUUGAUCAGUAUGAUUACAAAGGAAGAGGUGAAAUAAAUGUAGAAGAUUUUCAGCGUCUGUUGUGUCAUCCAAGACUCCGUGCAGACAUGGAUCGUCAUACGUUAGAUAUACUGGAGGUUAAAAUCGGAGAGUCGACCAAGCCAACUGUUACUUAUCAAGAAUUCAUCAACAUUAUGAGCAACCGACGAAAUCCAAGCUUUCGUUUGGCAGUCGAGAGUCGUGACAGGGAAGGUUGGUCCAGUAAUUUGUGUAUUCAAAGUAGAACUUAUCCCACGACUUGUUUUGGUAAAAUGGUGCGGAAAGUAGCUAAAGAUUUUUUGACGGAUGAACUUGAUCGUCAAUAUUAUGCUGAUCGUUAUAGUUGCUGUCCACCUCCAUUAUUUAUACCUAUUAUUAGUAUGAUAGAGGUUGGUUGUUUUAUUUAUUAUUGUAUGGAAGCAGGAACAGUUAGUCCUAAUGGGCCUUUACCUUUAAACAGUAUUUUUAUUUACCGUCCAGACAGAAGACUGGAAUUAUGGAGAUUUUUUUUCUAUACUUUUAUACAUGCUGGUUAUAUCCACUUAAUGUUUAAUAUGAUAGUACAGAUAGUAGUUGGUAUACCGUUAGAAAUGGUACAUGGUUCCUUUCGUAUUGGUUUAGUCUAUAUGGCAGGUGUAUUAGCAGGCUCGCUGGGUACAUCAGUAUUUGAUAUUGAUGCUUUUUUAGUGGGAGCAUCAGGUGGUGUUUAUGCAUUAUUAGCAGCACAUCUAGCUAAUAUACUUCUAAAUUAUUCCCACAUGGAACUAGGACUGUUAAAACUGGCAGCUAUAUUUAUUAUUGCAAGUGCUGAUGUAGGUUUUGCUAUAUGGGAUAGAUAUACACAUAAAGAAUCUAGUCCACCUGUUGGUUAUACAGCACAUUUGAUGGGAGCGAUAGCAGGGUUAACUAUAGGACUUGUUGUACUGAAAAACUUUGAACAAAAAUUACAUGAACAGUAUUUAUGGUGGAUAGCUUUAGCUGUGUAUCUAGGAUGUGCUGUGUUUGCUGUAUUUUGGAAUAUUUUCUACUAUUAGUGGAUUUUGAGCGUUUUCUGUUACAAUUUUAUUUUUAGUGCUUUUGGAGAUUUGGAUUAUGCAUUAAAGCUUUAAAAUUGGAAUAAGACAUUGAACUCCAUUUCAUUUCAUUUUAAAUUUAAUUGAGUUAUGCUUUAUGCCUCAAGUGAAAUCAUAGUGAAGAAAAUAACAUUAAGUAUGGACUUUUCAGGCCAUAAAUAGGAAUAAAUCAUUUCUUUAUAUUAUUACCAUUCGAAUGACUAAAACUGUAAAAUGCCAUGUUUACUGUGAUAGACUUGAUCAAGAUUCCGCAAGUACCAUGUUAAGACAUUCCAGAAUAAAAACAAGUAAAAGAUUCACAAGUCUGAGUAAAAGAUUUUUUAAGCUUUACAACUGCAAGUUAAAGAUUUACAAGUCCAAGUAAAAGAUUAGUUAAGAUUUACAAGUCCAAGUAAAAGAUUUGUUAAGAUUUACAAGUUCAAGUAAAAGAUUUGUUAAAUUUACAAUAUUACAUGUUAUUGGUAAUGAUGUGCAUGAACUGAAAAUGUUACUGUCAAGUAAUAAAACUAUGCAUGCAUGAGAAUGUGGGCAGUAGCUGUGAACUUAAAAAGAGAUACUGCCCUAGUCAAAAUGGUAUAAUCUUUAAGUGGCUAUUGGGAAACACAUUAACAGAACACAAUUUAUAUGGGAAAAUUAUAUUUCCCAUAAAAAUUGUGUUCUGUUUAUAUCAAAAUGGUGUCUGUAAAAUUACAGUAUAUUAUACUUCACUGACAAAACCUUGUUUUUUUUUCAGGUUUUGCAAAUAUUCUUUUUUAUUUGUUAAGACAUUGCUUCUAUUUUUGGCUAUGAAUAUUAUCGUGAUUUUACCAUAAGGUUAGGGCCAAUCAUAAUAAUUCAUGCCAUACUUAUGUUACCAUAAGACCAAUAGAAAUAAUUCCAUUCCACAUUGAAGCCACCAUAAAUAACAAUCAAAAUAAUUUCAUAUCACAUUAAAGUUAUCAUAAAGACUAAUUGUAAUAAUUUCAUACCACAUUGAUGUUACCAUAAGACUAAUUGUAAUAAUUUCAUGCCACAUUUAUGUUACAAUAAGUCCAAUCGAAAUAAUUUCAUACCACAUUUAUGUUAUCAUAAGAAGACUAAUUGUAAUAAUUUCAUGUCUCAUUGAUGUUACCAUAAUACCAAUUGUAAUAUUUUCAUUCUGCAUUGUUGUUACCAUAAGACUAAUUGUAAUAAUUUCAAUCUGCACAGAUUUUACCAUAAGUCUAAUUGUAAUAAUUCCAUUCUGCAUUGAUGUUACCAUAAGAUCAAUUGUAAUAAUUCCAUUCUGCAUUGAUGUUACCAUAAGAUCAAUUGUAAUAAUUGUCCCCCGCCUUUCGAAGAAAGCAGGGGACUAUUAAAAUGGGUUCGUCCGUCUGUCUGUCCGUCUGUCUGUCCGUCUGUCUGUCUGUCCGUCUGUCUGUCCGUCACACUUUUUGGGACACAAUAACUCUCUUCCUAAUUGAGCUAGAAUGUUCAAACUUGGUGUAUGUGUUUAUUAGGUCAAUGCCUUGAUGGAGUUCGAAGAUGAGCAUUUUCCGCUUAGGGUAAGCAGAGAUAAGCAAUUUGAUUGGUUGAUGCUUUGGGACACGAUAACUCUCUUCCUAAUUGGGCUAGAAUGUUCAAACUUGGUGUAUGUGUUGAUUAGGUCAAUGCCUUGAUGGAGUUCGAAGAUGAGCAUUUUCCGCUUAGGGUAAGCAGAGAUAAGCAAUUUGAUUGGUUGAUGCUUUGGGACACGAUAACUUUUAAUUGAGCUAGAAUGUUCAAACUUGGUGUAUGUGUUUAUUAGGUCAAUGCCUUGAUGGAGUUCGAAGAUGAGCAUUUUCCGCUUAGGGUAAGCAGAGAUAAGCAAUUUGAUUGGUUGAUACUUUGGGGCACGAUAACUCUCUUCCUAAUUGAGCUAGAAUGUUCAAACUUGGUGUAUGUGUUGAUUAGGUCAAUGCCUUGAUGGAGUUCGAAGAUGAGCAUUUUCCGCUUAGGGUAAGCAGAGAUAAGCAAUUUGAUUGGUUGAUGCUUUGGGACACGAUAACUUUAGUUCUAAUUAAGUGAGAUUGAUGAAACUUGGUGUAUAGUUUCAUUACAGUAAUACCUUGACUAAGUUUGAUAAUGAGCAUUUUCUGCUCAGGGUAAGCAGAGCGAUACGCAAUUUGAUUGGUCGAGACUUUGGAAGUAAAGAUAUACUGUUUGAUUGUUCAAUACUUUGUAAAAGAUAAUUUGUGAUAAAUUUAUAUGUGUCCUCUAAUUAUUUUCCUAUUUCGGCGGGGGACAUCAGCCUCACUGUUGGCUUGUUUCAUUUUGCAUUGUUGAUACCAUAAGACCAAUUGUAAUUAUUUCAUGGCACAUUGAUGUUACCAUAAGGACAAUUAUAAUAAUUUAAUUCUCUAUUUUUGUUACCAUAAGACCAAUCGUAAAAAUUUUUUGCUGAAUUAAUGUUACCAUCAGACCAAUCGUAAUAAUUUUAUAUCGCAAUGUUUUGUGGCUUUACAAUAUCAUUUUAACAUAUGGCACCAUUUUGUUGGUAUUAUGAACUUUUAUUCACAUUUUUAGAAACUUAUGAUUCGCUUUAAAUUGCUCAAUGUAGUGCCAUUGUGUUUAUUUUACUUAUUUUCAGGGAGAAAUCAAGGAUUUGUGCAAUAUUUAAUUCUGUGUUUAUACAGAUACAGUAUUUUAAAACUUUUUGUAUAUUAAAAAUUUUGUAUAUUAUUAUGUGAUAUGUAUUUGUAGGAUAUUUGUAAUUUCCAUUGAUUGGUAAUUUAGUUUGAGUCAAAUAAUCUGAUUGUAAAUCAUGUUUAAAAAGAUUCACACUUAAAAUGGAAUGUUUUAUUUAUACAAAAUAAACCGGCCAUAUAUGUUAAUUGCGAAAAAAAAAAAAUGUCAUUUUUUAAAAAUUGUUAUUAUUUUAGAUUUAAUUGACUCUGUACAGUCAAUAUCUAUAUAUGUAAACUUAUAUUAGCCCCAGUGAGGUAAACAUGAAAAUAGUAUUAUAGAUGUUCCAACAGUCUUGGCAGGUUGGGUGUAGAAACAAUUGAAAGUAUUACAGUUUGGAUUCUUAGAUCUCUCACAAAUUUAGCUGUAGUUAUAUGGGCUCAAUUGUAAGAGACAAAGUUAGGGGCAGUACCAGAUCUAGACAGGGGCAAAAUGGGACAGCCCCCCUCGACUAGUUCCAAGCCCCACACAAUCCGGCCCUGAGUUAGGAUAACUUUUCUAACCUUGUCGGCUAACCCUAUUGGUUUUCUCAUGGUGCUCCAGUUUCCUCACACCCAUAAAAAGAUCUGCAUGCAAGUAAAUGAUUGGAUUAAGGAGUUUAAUGCCAUAUAUUCAUUGUAAUUUUAAUCUUGAAAUGACCUAGUUGUACUGAAUGGAUGUUAAACUCUGUUUCCUCCCAGCUGGUGGUACUAAACUACUAGUAACAAAAUGUUCAGAAACCUGUUUAGGUCUUUGUAUUAUUGUCCCCCCGCCUUUUGAAGAAAGCAGGAGACUAUUAAAAUUGGUCUGUCUGUCCGUCCGUCUGUCUGUAUAGUUCCAUUACCUCAAUAUUUUGACUUAGAUUAAUAAUGAGCAUUUUCUGCUCAGGGUAAGCAGAGCGAUAAGCAAUUUGAUUGGUCGAGACUUUGGAGCUCGACAACUUUGAUUCUAAUAGAGUGAUAGUGGUGAAACUUCGUGUAUAGUUUCUUUACAUCAAUACAUUAACAAAGUUAUAUGCUGAGCAAUUUCUGCUAGGCAAAGUAGAGACUUCAAUCUGAUUGAUCGAGACUUUGGAAGACAAUAACUCUCAUUGUAAUUGAGGUAGAAUAUUCAAAAUUGGUGUAGGUGACUAUUAGGUGAAUGCCUUGAGAGAGUAUGAUCAUGCACAUUUUUCCACUAAGGCUAAGCUGAGAUAAGCAGUUUGAUUGGUUGAGACUUUGAAACAAGAUAACUUUGGUUCUAAUUGGUUGAGAGCGAUGAGUAUAGAUUCAUCAUAUCAAUACAUUGACUAAGUUCAAUGAUGAGAAUUUGGAACAUAAAUUGAGGUAUAGAUAUUCAUUAGGCAAAUGUCUUGACUGAAUUCAAUGAUUAAUAUUUCCUGCUAAAGCUAAGCAGAGCUAAGCAAUUUCAUUGGUCAAUGCUUUGGGACAAGAUAACUUUUGAUUCUAACUAACUGAUGGAGAGUGAUGAAACUAAGUGUAUAUCACCACCAAGUACUUCAAAACCUGGCUGAGCUUGAUUUGAAAAAGAUAAAUGUACAAUUAAUUAAUAUGUCUCAUCUAUUUAUUUUGGGAUUCCGGCAGGGUACAUCAGCCUCACUGUUUGCUUGUUUAGAAACUGAUUGUGUGUAGUUUAAAUAACAUACAAUGUAUAUCAAGAGUUUGGUGGAGCAAAAAAUAUAUUUUGUAUACAAUAUGUAUGUAAAUAGUCAA